AGUUCAAUUUUAAAUGGAUUUUCUUGUCAUCGUACUAUGUAUAUCACGUGAUACAAAUCAAAUUUUGUUAGAAUUUUCUAAUGUGAAACAGAGAUAUUGAUAUGUUUUGCCGGCAUAUACAACUCCCUAAUUCACAACUAAUCGAAUAACCGAAAGACGUACCUUCUUAGAAUACAACUCAAUAAUUCACACUUCAUCGAAUAAUUACAAUUACUUUAUUACCAAAUUCACUUUACGUCUUUAAACAAUUGAGAUGGAGAGGAACACGCUUUCAAAAACCCAUAUAUUUUACCUACAAUUUAAGAUAAUAUUAUAAAUUAAUAUAUUAGAAAUGUAACUAUUUUACAAAACUAAAUAAAUUAAAAUAUAAGUUGCGGACUUUUGAACUGGUCCUAGCACAAACGGACUUAAGCCCAAAUACUCAAAGUCCAAAUGGGUUAAACCCAAAAAAUCCAAUUUUUUGGAUUUAAUAAUAAAACUCAAGCCUAGUAAUUAAUAGGGCCGGACAGGUUCGGGCUGCGGGCUUCAACCUCAAUUGACAUAUCUAGGGAAAGUUGAUUUAACUUUUCAAAAUAACCCACAUCAAUUUUUUUGACCUCCAUUUUGUCAAUUACCCAUUUUCUUUUUUUUUCAUCAUGUAAUUUUGAACUCCGAUGUUUAGUUAAAACAUAGUAGACUUUUGUAUUUGAGUCUCUUGAUGUAUCGUACAUGCUUGUGCUUUUCUGUUGCUGGUAAUUCUCUUCGUCUUUGUAUCCCUCCUAGAACUUACUUGACACAUCCAUAACCCCUCAUGGAUCAUGCUAUCAUUAUCUUGGACCUCUUCCCGAACCCUCUGUGUUCAUUAAUCUUUUUUCCCCAGGAUUGUUUUUCCUCUGAUCUCAUGUAAUAGCUACUCAAAUUUGUAACAAAAUCUUGGUUGUAAUGUCCUCCUGAAUAUUCUCAUCUUCUAGUUAAUUGCAAAACUAAUUUAUGUGGAUUUCUAGAGAAGUCUUCGGACACUUCGUGCAAUUGAUUUUUCAAGAAGUUUUUUCGGAGUAAACUUAUAGGAAAAUGACAAAGUCAAAUUUGUGCAAAAUUUUGGUCUAAUGUAAAACUAAUAUCCAAUAGAAAAUAUUUCUAGAAAAAUUUACUCAAUUUUUUUUUUGUUCCAAAAGAAAUUACCGGAGUUCUAGAAAAAAUCUUCUAUGAAAAUCAUUUUUGGUUAGCCAAUUAGCGCAGAAGACGAAAAAUCAUUUUAAAUUUUCAAAAAAUCUUAUUUAGUCGCUUCUCUCCCUCUCCUCCCUAGUCUUCCCCUCCAAACACUUUUGAAAUGUCAAUGUCAUUUUCCCAUGACGACCGGUGGGGCUCCGAUUUGGCUUCUGCCGGAGAAUUCACCCAAAGCUUUCCAUCGCUGGGGGCGACUUACUCACCUUCCUGUGGUGAAGAGCUCCUCGAGGUGACCAUUGAAUUUCCAAGCGGCGUGCUAGUGAACAUCGACUCUGUUUCAACCACCGAUCCAGAAAUCACAUCUUGCUCCGCUUCCGGUUCAGGAUCGUCGGAGCGGCAGGUGGUGGCGAACGCAAAACAGUUCUCAAGGGAUUUGAAACGGAAGCUUCAGGGCAUCUCACAGCGUGAUGGCGGCGGUUAUUCGUGCCGGUCCGCGCCGGAGCCGGUGGUUCCACACGGAAGCGAAACCCCCGAUCCGCUUAUGUUAUGUCGUUCCGUAACAAAGAGACUUAACCGGAAUGGUUCAUGCACGCAGAGAGCUAUUCACGGUUUGAGAUUCAUCAGCAGCAAAGAAAACGAGAUCGCUGCCUGGAGUGAAGUUCGUGACAAGUUCGCUAACCUGUCGAAAGACGGUUAUCUUUGUCGGAGCGAUUUCGCUCGUUGCAUAGGGAUGGAAAAUGAAAAUUCGAAAGAGUUUGCAGAGGAGUUGUUCGACGCACUGUGCAGAAGAAGAAGUAUAAUGGUCGAUAAGAUCACCCUUCAAGAACUAUACGAGUUUUGGUACCAAAUUGCAGACGAAAGCUUUGAUUCUCGCCUCCAAAUCUUCUUCAACAUGGUCAACAAAAAUGGAGACGGUAGAAUCACAGAGAACGAAGUAAAAGAGAUAAUUAUAUUAAGUGCAUCGGCAAAUAAUCUAUCAAGGUUGAGAGAACGAGCAGAAGAAUAUGCAGCAUUGAUCAUGGAAGAACUGUCCCCUGAUGGGCUCCCCUCUCAGUACAUAGAGUUAAAGGAUCUAGAGAUGCUACUACUACACAAGGACACACCUCAAAGUUACAGCCAACCGUUCAGCCAAACAAGCCGAGCCUUAAGCCAAAACCUAAAGGAUAUGAGAUGGGGAAUAAGUAGGAGCUUGCUAUACUCUUUCCAAGACAAUCUGAAGAGGAUUUGGGUUUUGACACUAUGGUUAAUGAUCAUGGUCGUGUUGUUUAUGUGGAAAUGCGUUCAGUACAAACGCAAAGACGCAUUCCAUGUAAUGGGUUACUGUCUUGUCGUGGCGAAAGGCGCUGCUGAGACAUUGAAAUUCAACAUGGCUCUUAUCCUUCUACCCGUUUGCAGAAUCACCAUCACCUAUCUUAGAUCUACCGCUUUGUCCCACUCAAUGCCUUUCGAUGACAGUCUCAACUUUCACAAGACUAUCUCUAUAGCAAUCAUAAUUGGAAUGCUUAUCCAUGCAUGUAGUCACCUGGCAUGUGACUUCCCGAGGAUUAUAACAGCUACAGAUGUUGAUUACAAAAGAUACUUGGUUCAUUACUUUGGUGUGACCAGACCAACAUACUUUGACUUGGUUAAAGGUCCAGUGGGAAUCACUGGAUUUAUAAUGGUUAUAUUUAUGUUAAUUGCAUACACAUUAGCUAGUCGAAGACUCAGACGGAACCUAACUAAGUUGCCAAAACCAUUUGAUAAGCUAACUGGAUUUAAUGCUUUCUGGUAUUCACAUCACUUGCUUCUAGCUGUUUACGUCUUGUUGAUCAUUCACGGUGUUUCCCUCUUUCUCGAGCAGACAUGGUACCACCAGACGAUAUGGAUGUAUCUUGCUUGUCCAGUUUUACUCUAUGGUGGUGAAAGGAUGCUGAGAUUCUUCCGUUCCAGGCUUUACCGCGUUGAGACCUGCAAGGUUGUAAUUUACCCCGGAAACGUUAUUGUGCUACACAUGUCUAAGCCUACAUCAUUUGAGUACAAGAGUGGACAAUAUAUAUUUGUUCAGUGUCCUGCUGUAUCAAAAUUUGAGUGGCAUCCAUUUUCUAUUACAUCUUCCCCUGGAGAUGAUUACCUCAGCAUUCACAUCCGUCAGCUCGGUGAUUGGACAGAAGGGAUUAAGAAGGCGUUCUCGGUAAUAUGUCAAGCCCCUGAUGCUGGAAAAAGUGGACUACUCAGAGCAGACGGACCAAACAAAACAAGUUUGCCAGAGCUGUUGAUAGAUGGACCUUAUGGCUCUCCAGCGCAAGACCAUUGGAAGUAUGAUGUGUUAUUACUCGUUGGCCUUGGGAUAGGGGCAACCCCUUUCAUUAGCAUUUUGAGAGAUUUACUCAACAAGAUCAUUCAGCAACAUGAACAAGCUGAAGGCCCCUCGGGUAGCUGUAGUAACAGCAAUGUGUCGUCGGAUCAAAGUUUCAGUUGCUUAAACUCAGAACCUGGGAAUAGGAUUUCAACAAAUCGAACGGGAAUGUUGAAUACCAAGAACGCUUACUUUUACUGGGUAACACGUGAACAGGGCUCGUUCGAUUGGUUUAGACAAAUCAUGAGCGAAAUUGCUGACUCUGAUAUAAAGGGUGUUAUUGAGAUGCACAACUACUUGACGAGUAUGUACGACGUUGGAGAUGCUCGAACUACUCUUCUCACCAUGAUCCAAACGUUACACCACGCCAAAAAUGGCGUUGACAUGUUUUCUGGAACCAAGGUACGAACACACUUUGGGAGGCCGAAAUGGAAGAAGGUUUUGUCAAAGAUUAGCACCAAACAUAAGAAUGCAAGAAUCGGAGUGUUCUAUUGUGGAGGACCGAGUUUAGGGAAGGAACUCUCCACAUUGUGCCAUGAAUUUAAUCAAACGGGACGUUCCAGGUUCGAGUUCCACAAAGAACAGUUUUAAGGGUAAAAAUGAUAUGCACGGCUCCUCUACGAAUGUGGCUUUUGAAUCAAUCGAAUCAAGUAUAUUGGUACAUGUAAAAUUAAAGUUCAUGAUUAUUUCUUCGCUUCAUUCAUACAACAUUCUUGUUCUUCUUUUUUUUGGGUACAUUUAACUUUUAGCCAAUUCAUCAAGAAUAAGAUGUAACAUCCCGAUUUCUUGUAUACGUGAAAAUCUUUAAAAAAUUGAUUUGACUAUCUAUAUCAACAAAGUUGACUUAGUUUUUCAGUCACACAUCCGUUUAGAACUCCAGGGUUAAGCGUGUUUGGGCUGGAGUAGUGAAAGAAUGAGUGACCUAUGAAGAAGUGAUUCACGAUACUGUGUGAAUGAGACCAAAGUACGGAGAAAAGUCGGAUGGUGAUUGCAGGGUCAGUAAACAAAACUUUCGGACCUUAAAAAAAUUAACGCACCGCCUGUCGUACAGGAUUGGACCCACAGGCCGAGAAAGCAGGCAUGGGUGUCUUAUUAGCCGUGGACGGUCGGAGCGUUGCAUAAGAAUCUAAAACAAAGGGUGAAAAGAGUACAUAAAGUUAAGGUCUAGAAGCGUAGGCCAACCUCAAC